UAGCAGCCCCUCUGGCAUUUGCCAGAACCCACAGAUUGCCAGUCAGGGCCUGGUCGGAUACUAAAGGGGAAGAUCCAGAAACUUUGGUAAUUUCUUUUAAGUAGAACCAUGGAGCCUGUUCAGUAGGACUUUAGUGUAGGGUGCAGUUUGUGCAGAGAUCCCCAUAUCUAAUAUCUUGACAGGCAAUAGAGCCACCAUCAGCGGUGUAACUACAGAGGAAGCAGACCCUGCGGCUGCAGGGGGGUCCAGGCCCCUAUUACAAUAUAUAUUAAUAAAACAGGACAACCUCUAGAUAUUUUGGAGCCCUGAAAUAAAUCUGUUGUUGGGCCCAGUAACUUUUAGUUACACCACUGCCCAUCACUUUUCCUGAACAUGGCAGUGGGUCACUGUAUAUUGUAUAUACACCCGUCCCAGGGGUUUGGGGCUCACCCCACAUUUCAGCUUGCACAGGGGGUGUGGCAGGAGGUUCUCUGUGUCUGUAAUUGCUGUAAUCAUAGAGCCAAUAUUCCUGCACCGAGGACAUAAGUGACCCACGGGCAUGAGCGCACCAACCCUUUCAUGGUAUUCUAUGUGAGUGAGUGGGUGAGUUGCUCCUUUGAAUAUGCUCCUGCCCUUACUAUAAGGUGGGGGGUACAUAGUGUUACCCACUACUGAGACUGUGUUCCAGGAAUCACUAAGGCUGAUUGUCACAGUUAUUAUUUCCUCUUCCACUUGCAGAUCAGCCUGACACAGCUCACACGUCCGUGAUUCACCCUUAAAUUUCAGCAGCAUGUCUGUCCCGGGUGUCGCAAUCCUUCUACUGAGUCUGAUCAUAUUCACAGGAUCCUCUGAAGCCCUCAGUAUUUCUUCCUCUCAGUCACAUGUGCAGGGGACCAGGAACAACUCCCUUCUGCUCUCCAUAUCCUACUCUUCCCCAGAGACCAACUGGAUCCAGAUCAAAUGGGAGCUUCUGGAUUCCAACACUGAACUGGUCAGAUGUACCAUACGUGAAACAAACUCUUCCAGCAUGGAAGAAAGCCUGAACAUCAAAAUGUUUCCACCUAAAGGAUACGAGGGGCGCAUGAACAUCAUCCCAAAAAAUGGCUCUUUGGUUAUUCGUCACCUGGCACAGAAUGACAAUGGCAUCUAUCGGGUGACGCUACGAGAUUCGAAUACUGUCGUAUCGACGACCAUCAACGUCACGGUGGAGGAGCCUGGAAAGUCAAUAAGCUCUGUGUGGGAACAUGCUCCAGCCAUUCCUAACAACACUAAAAUGGAGAUGGAAAUGGCGCCAUAUUGUUUCUGCACAAGCAACUCCAGCAGCGUCAGUCUACCCGCUACCGCCGGCAUUAUCCUUGGCAGCCGAAUAGUCACGAUCCUCUUAACAGUAGCCGUCUUCAUUGGCCUUGGCUCGGACAAGAAGCCACCUAGGAGAUAUAUAAGGAAGUAUUAUGGGCCCAGUGGCAUUUAAUGAGCUUUUUGUUGAAGCAACAUUGUAAAAAAAGACUUGUCAAUCAAGUUCAACUUGAACCCUGUCUAACUGCCAGUUGAUCCAGAAGAAGGCAAAAAAAACCCAUCUGAUGCCUCUUCAAUUUGCCUCAAAGGGGGAAAAAUUCCACCCAGACUCCAAGAUGGUAUUUGAGUUAAUUCAAGUAGCCCUCUUACUUCCUCCCUUGUUAAAAAGGAACAUGUUAGUCUUUCUUAAAGCUCUGAUGUAUGUGCUACAACAGUCGCUCUUCUCUGUAUUUUCUCUAUUUCAUUACUGCCCCUUAUAUAUUUAUAUACAGUAUAGUGAUCAUAUCCCCCUUAUAUAUUUAUAUAUAGUGAUCAUAUCCCCCUUAACUGUCUCCAAUGUAAGCUGUUCAGUAAGUCAAUAAUUGAAUGUAACCUGCAAGUUCUAUGUAUAAACGCAUUUACUGUAUUGUACAGCGCUGCUGCAUAUGUUGGUGCUUUAUAAAUACAUGUUAAUAGCCAUUCUUCCUGUCAGGAUUGUGAGCAACUGAAUAAUUGUAAUUGAAAUAGCCAUUAAAGUGACCAACUGCAAGAGGA